UCACGGGCCAUAGACCGGUGCACCACGGCUCAGGUUAAUAGAACUCCCUCACUUGCAGUCGGAUCGCCCGCAUGUAAACAUGGCUUUAACGCCUAUGUAAACAGAGCACAGGGCUCCUCGUUUUGGACAGUCAACAAGUCAGGCAUGUCUCUCGAAGGUGUAUAGGAGUUUUAGACAUUAGUAGUACAGUAAAUUAUUUAGCAAUAUGUCUAUGGAAGAUCCGUUCUUCGUCGUCAAAGGUGAGGUCCAGAAGGCGGUGAACACUGCUCAAGAGCUGUACCAUAGAUGGAGUGAGCUGCUGCUGGAUCCCAGUGGUGCUUCCAAGGAGGAGGUGGAUUGGACCACCAAUGAGUUGAGAAACAGUCUGCGGUCCAUCGACUGGGACCUGGAAGAUCUCGAUGAGACCAUCAGUAUUGUUGAAUCGAACCCUAAGAAGUUCAAUCUGGACACAGUGGAGCUGUCCAAACGGAAAGGCUUCAUCACAAGCACCAGACAAACUGUUAAGGAAAUGAAAGACCACAUGUCCAGUCCGACAGCCUUAGCCAUGUCCGACAAGAAAAACAGACAGGCUCUGUUAGGGGACAGUGGGUCUCAAGGCCCAAUCUGGCAACCGGGACUCGACAAAUAUACCCGCCUGGACCAAGAGCUACAGACGGCCAACUCCCAGUUCAUCGAGGAGCAGCAAACCCAGCAGCAGCUCAUGGCAGAGCAGCAGGAUGACCAGCUGGAGCUGGUGUCUGGGUCCAUCGGGGUGCUGAAGAACAUGUCUGAGAGGAUUGGCAUGGAGUUGGAUGAACAGACAGUUAUGCUGGAUGACUUCUCCCAUGAGAUGGAAAGUACCCACUCCAGACUGGACAACGUCAUGAAGAAGCUGGCCAAGGUCUCCAACAUGACCACUGACCGGCGACAGUGGUGUGCUAUUGGUAUUCUACUGGCCAUUCUGUUUGUGGUCGUCAUUCUCUUCUUCAUCCUGUGAUGACCAGACCGUCCACCACGACACACUGACCCCCUCACCCCUGUCUCCGUUUGACCAUAGGGAUGGACUUUACAUGGUGUUGGGGAAACCAUCCAAGGUUUCCAUUGACAUAGGGAGAUGGCUAUCUAACUCCGACCCCCUUUUUACUUCAUACGCUGUAUAUACAGUGAUGCUUCUGUGGCUGCUGCAGUUUCCUCUCAAGCAACGUUCUCAAUCGUCGUUUCAGAUACCUGCAUUCAACUUAAACCUCCCUUGGCGUGAAAGAUUUAGUUUCUGUGCAUGCACAAUUUUAGGUAGGAUGUGAAUACUAAUCCUGAAAAUGUUUUACAGAAAACUGUUUGAGGUAAACCAGGGUAGUUCAAACUCCUUGUGGCAUUUUAGUGUUAAUAUUCCGAAUAUUAUGUAUGAAGAAGACUAAUCAUUAGUGUAUUUAGAGGGCCUUGUCUGUCGUUUCUCACUGAAAACCCCUACGGCUACCAUGGUCAUAGUUUUUUAAAAUAUAUUUUGUUUUGUCGUGCACUGACUGUGUAACAGGUUUAUACAAGUAUAUUCAACUUUAUAUAUAUAAACGUAGUUGGUCAUAGUUAAAACAAAACACUGACGUAACAAGGAAAAUUAUAUAUUGCUAAGCGGGUAGACGUAUCACUAACCACACUAAAAUGGAUGAACUUAAUGUUAUUGUUUUUAAUUCAUUUAUGUUCUCUCAUUUUGUACUUAAUGUAUUUUUGGUAUUUGCUUAUACACUAUCAACAGGUGUUUAACACCCGCCUGUGAAAUCAAGUCACUUCCUGCAAUACUGAAUGGAAUGGAGCAAAACCAUAUACUUUUGUAUCUCGAACCGGGCUCAAGCUUGAUUUUAAUGUCUCAAUGCGAGCACUCUAAUUUUGUGCGAAAAAGUUUUCCUCAAGAUGUCCUUUGCGUGCAUGUCUUCAUAUGUCUGGUGUCUUUUAGCCAGUGUUUCAGCCCUUCUAAAGACUAUAUAACAUGCUUAUAAUCAGUAUAUGAUACGCCCCCAGGCACUUCAUAAAUACUUGGUACAAUUCAAUUGGCAAGCUAGUGUCAACAGACCUUAAGUUGAUUAUCUAAGCUACUAAGCGUCAUGCAUUUGUUUUUGAAUGUGUUAUGCAGUUUUUACAAGACCCUUAUACCAAAGUGUUAAGUGUUCAACUGAAAUGCUAAUUGAGAAGCCUGACCUGCUUUCCCCCUGCCAGGAAUUAGUGUUAAGGUUUAUCAGUGUUACAUGAACAUGAUGUUGGAAUAAGGGGAAGGGACUGACUGAGUCACACCUGGGCUGUAUUCAUUAGGGCACACCGUAGCAAAACAUUUUGCAAAAAAAUUGUGUUUCUUAUUGGAGAUGUUCAAGGUAGUCCCUGUUUAAGUCAGUUUUCUGUUUGUUGCGUAAUGAAUAUGGCCCUGGUAGUUGCUGUGCUCUGCAUAGCCAGUGCCUUAGGCUGAUACUGUAUGUAUGUUAUGCUGGGUCUAGAAUGGUUCAUUUUGGUCUCGCUUCCCAGUUCCUGCCCCCUACCUUGAAAUUACAUUUCAAAACGGUAACCAGAGUCCCAGGAUGAGUCGUAAGUCAAUGGUUGACUGAAUAUGCAGGCAUGUUUUUUUUUCUUCUGUUUUCAGUGUGUUCCUAUACAGUUCAAGGAGAAUGAUACUGUUGUGUUAGCCUGGUUACCAGUCUGUUUAGCUAACGUUCCACUCCUUGUACUCUGUGUCAUAUGCCAAAGAUGUAUGUUUAGCAUGACAGGAGUGGAAAAAUGACCAAACAGACUGGUGUUAUGUUAAUUAUCGUAGAAACCUGGUUACAGACUUUGAUUCAAUAGGUCUCCACUCGUUUGAGGACUUAAUGUGAACAUAACACAUUAAUUAACUAUUUUAGGUUGAAUGUCAUAUCAAUCCACAGACCCUGAAGUCUUUCUGGGAAAUCAAGACAGUAAAACCAUACAUAAGAGGAAUAAGGGUAUUGUGAUUGUACUACUGUAUGAAAUAUAAUGGACACUAGUGAUCAAGGUUUUCUCUAUGGCAUUCUAAUUCUGAUCGUUUUUCACGAAUCGGUCUUGACUGAUCAGAUGAUUUUUGGAAAAGGAUCUAAUGUGAGUGGUCAAAGACCAAUUGGUAGAGCAAAAAAUCUUAACUGGACUGCCUGUGUAAACGCAACCUGUGAGUCUCAAAAGUUCUGAAAACACUCCUUUCAAAGGUCUUAUAAAGUUAGCAAAAUAUAUUGUAUGUCUUUGUCUUUUAUGUCUUUGUCUUUUAUGAGUUAACACUACACGUUCACUGUACGAGAAAUACAGUAUUUCAUCAGUGUGUCUUUAGAGGUAGAAAACAUUUUAACAAUUUGUUUCUCAGUUUACUUAAAUGUUUUCAUUUUUUCACUUAUCGGAAGUGUUAUGUCUGGUAGGAAGAGUUUGACUUGGAGUUUACAAUAUUUGCAUUUAUUUCAGAUUAUGGACAAUUUGAAGCAUGAUGGUGACCUAGACAAUUAUGUACCAUCUCAAAAUCACUUGUGUUUGUCACAAAAACAAAGUGUGUGUAAACUUUGUGAAUCCUUUUGCAAUGCUGUAUUACGAUACAAAGUACCUUGAGCAUUAAAUACUGUACUUAUUGCGCAACCAAGUCCCUGGUGACAGUGAUGGGUGACAGGUGGACGAGAUGUUUGUGGAGAAUGGGUACAGUCCAUGGCAUUGUAAGUUAUGGUGUGUUUUUGUUUGUGUGAAACUGUGUGUUCAUGCUCCUGGAGUGUGUGAAAAUACUUUUUACCCUUGAACUGUUCCCCUUGACCUCCAUGUCAUCAUGGCUGAGCAUAUGUAGCUGAAGAGUCCUGAAAAUAAAAGGAUGCUGCAAAGAUUCACUCUGUUUCAGCUCAUUCCAAUAAAAUGAUGUGAUCAAUUUG